CUCAGAGAGCGGCCAUGGCGGCGGUCGGGGGGAAGGUGCAUUCCGUUAUGUUGUGGCUUUCUCCGAAAAAACUUUUCAUGCAGCUUAUUCUGCUUGUUGUCUUUGUAACGGCAGGAGCUACAGAGAUCUCCCCCUCAGAUGAUGCGUUCGGCGCCGGGCAGACAGCUUUCAAACCCGUGUCUGCCGCAGUUGCUAGGAAUAUAAGAUAUAUGUUAUACGAUGUUAACCCACCAGAGGGCUUUAACCUGAGGAGAGAUGUGUUUAUCCGCAUGACUUCCCUUAUGAAGACCUUACUGAAGACCGGCGACUGGGUCCUGGUGCUCCCUCCUUGGGGCCGCCUGUAUCACUGGCAGAGCCCCGAUAUCCACCAGAUACGGAUCCCCUGGGCAGAAUUCUUUGACGUUCCCAGCAUCAACAGGAACAUCCCUGUCAUAGAGUAUGAGCAGUUCCUUGCAGAGUCAGGCGGCCCCUUCAUUGAGCAAGUGUAUGUCCUGCAGAGCUAUGAAGAAGGAUGGACAGACGGACAGUGGGAAGAGAAAGUUGAUGAGAGGCCCUGUCUGGAGCGUCUAAUGUACUCUCAUGACAAGCAAGGAUAUUUCAGGGGCUGGUUCUGGGGUUACGAGGAGACAAGGGGCUUGAAUGUCACCUGUCUGUCUGUACAAGGACAUGCCUCUAUCCUGGCUCCUGUCCUGUUGGGAAACACCUCAGCACGGUCAGUGAUGCUGGACCGAGCGGAAACAGUCCUCCAUGACCAUUAUGCGGGAAAGGAUUAUUGGGAUGCUCGCCGCAGCAUGGUGUUCGCAAAGCACCUGCGACUGGUUGGGGAUGAGUUCAGAGCCAGAUCCCUCAACUCCACUGAUGAGAGCGAUAAGACUCAUUACAAUGAGGACUGGACACAAAUGAAAUCGAAGCUCGGCAGUGCGAAGGGGGGGCCCUACCUUGGGGUCCACCUUCGUCGGAAAGACUUUAUAUGGGGUCACAGGAAAGAUGUGCCCAGCCUAAAGGGAGCUGUCAACAAAAUGCGCAGUAUUAUGAAGAAACACAAACUGGACAAGGUGUUUGUAGCCACUGAUGCGGCUGAGGAAGAGCUGGAGGAGCUGAAGAAGCUGCUUCCAGAGAUGAGGAGGUUUGAGCCGACAUGGGAAGAACUGGAACUGUACAAAGAUGGAGGAGUUGCUAUUAUCGACCAGUGGAUCUGUGCCCAUGCCAGAUACUUUAUAGGGACCUCUGUGUCAACAUUCUCCUUUAGAAUUUAUGAGGAGCGCGAGAUACUGGGAUUCGAUCCCAAAACUACCUACAACAGGUUCUGUGGUGAAAAGGAAAAGGAAACAGACUGCGAGCAGCCGACUCACUGGAAGAUUGAGUACUGAUUCAACAACUCGGACCUUUACUAAGUGGUGCUUUUAAAAGGUUGGGGUAUGACAUGUUACAGGAGAACAGGACUGUACCAUGUAGGCACAUGGGAAUCCUGUAAAAACAGUGAAAAACAUUCUCCAUUACUGUUGGGUGGAAUGCCAGUUGUAUUUUCUCAUCUCGGAAGCAGUGUCAGCAGGGUCUGUCUUUACCCUGUGCACCAGACUGAAUCAAAGUCCCCUGACCAGUUAGCCAUCCAGUUCAAUGACUGCAGGGAAAACACUUUUUAACACGAAACACUAACCACUGAGUUACCAGCUUAUCGUAGCAGCUUAUAAAACUUUCUGUUGAGAAUGCUGUCUGUCAAGUGGAAUCUCUUUCCUCUCGACUAGUAUUCAAAAUCUGCAUAGACUGCAGUAUACAAGACCCUGCCCACUUUUAAUAUACCUCAACUGUUUUAUUUUUGGUCAAAUCCAACAUUUUUUGCAGGUUGCAUUCCACAAGCCAAACACAUGUGUUGUGUUAUUUUUAGUCUGGUUGAAAUAAGGGACCACCUAGUUCUUGCAACACUUACUGUUUUAACUUUUAGUUUGCUGAUAUGUGAAAUGUUGUUGAGGUCUUGUCAUCCAGACACACACAGUUUUUUUUGUAUUGAGACAUAAUACAAAAAAACACGAUAUGAACAUAAUUUAUAUCACAGAAGUCUACUGGGAGCCAUAGCAGCACAGUAUUUCAUGUUAGAUUUUGAAAUGUCACAUUUUUCAAUUUAGUCAGUUUUUUGGUAGGUAUAUGGUAAACUACAGAGUGGUAUGUUAUUCAGUAUGUUAACAUAAAUAGAUAGAUUGAACAUAUAGGACAGCGAGGAAGCAGUCUGCCUUGACAGAUAACAUUCAGAGGGUGUGUACUAGAAUAUAAAUUUUUAUCAAGCAGAAAAAAUACAAAAAUUAAUAUUGUAUUUCCAUAUUUUCCAAUGGAUUUAUUUGGAAGAGUGAUAAAACAUAGUUUGAAAGAUAACAUUCAAGGUACAUUACCAGAGAGUUAGGACCUCGUAUUGACCAGUCAGGAUAAAGGAAAUCUCAGCUCCAUUUUCAAAUUAAGAAUAUUAUCACAGACGACCAAGGGAAUAGUCAUUCAGCCCUUUUACAAAGGGAAUAGUCAUUCAGCCCUUUUACAAAGGUUUUUAAUUCAAGCGUCAAACUGGUAAGGAGCUACCAAGAAGUUUAUUUUUUCUAGUUUUGUAACAUUGACAGUCACAUAAUGGUGCGAGUUUCAUGUUGAUUUAAAGGUGUAAUCUGUGCCAAUGUGCAAUGCAGUAUUACAAUGUGGAGAAACCAAAGAUUACUUACAUAUUUUUCUUUUAAAUAAAAGGAUGGUAUAUUAAAGUUCUUGAGUAUUGUUGAAUAUACGGGACAAUCGUUUUCUGUGUUACAAGUGUGUAGAUCGACCACCCCUAUCCCCACUGACUGAAACUUUCUAAUCUUGAUUUUUGUUUUUGUUUGUCCUUUACAAAUACAAUUGUACAUCUUGCACUGUUGCUCAAACCCAUCUGCAAGAAUCCGACACGGCAGCUUCAUUGUUGUCAGUGGUCUGGAAACACUGACCUGGGAUCUCAGAUAGCUUACACUUUUGGUAAUUGGCCAGUACUUGGACACAUUUUAUGAUUUUUCUCAAUUAAAUUUCAUUUUCAGCUGUUUCACUGCCAUGUUGUUUUAACCAGUGGCCUUGACAUGGAGAAUAUAUAUAUAUUUUAAUCUGAUGCAAGUUUUGUUGUUGUUCAGUGCAAGAUUGACGCGGUUACUGCUAGCAGCCAAUUAGAGCCUCAAACAAAAUGCAAUUGUACAAUUCUCAUAAACUUGUUUGUAAUGUUGUAGAUUUAAAAAUAAAGUCUAACAUGUUUGUAAUGUA